AUGCUCACGUCGCGCCAGCCAUCUGCGUCCGAUCUCGCCUCCGGCCUUCUUGACCUGGUCAUGACAUUGGGCUCAGGUUAGUGAGAACUAGAAAAUGUGGUAGAUGCAGCGAAUGUCUACUAUCCGCAUAAACUAGCUCACACGCAAGUCACCAUCCCUGCGUCCACCCUACGGUGGGGCAUACGGUGUCAUCGUCGGGAUCGACGGUCAACCUGCCGUAAGCGGUCGGGUUAUGAUUUGGAGAAUUAUGAUUAGGCAUGUGGCUGGGAUCAGGAGGGUUAGUGUUAGGGUCAAAGUCAGGACACGGGAAUAGGCACCCUGUCUGAAAUUUGAUCCGAGGCCACCAAUUAAAGAAUCCAAUUAUAUUAUUUGUAUAUUCGAUCGUUAGAUGUCCACACGUACUAAAAGGCAAGUCAUUAAUACACCAGGAUUAGCGUCAUGAGAGGUUUGUCUCCUAAAACUUGAUAUAUGCAUUUCCUUGAAAGUGUUGGUCACAGAGACUACCUACCUACAAGAUGAUACUUUAUCUUUUGUCACCAGUCACUGAUUAGGGCAGAAAUAUCACUUUUUAUAGGAUGCGGUGUUGUCUCACAACUCUACAGAAGUUCUGAUUUAACUUUGAGACCUUUUCGUCGACAAAUGGAUGUGUCAAAAAAGAACUGUAACAUGUCCACCGUGAACUAACCCCACUUUAAUUUUAUCUCCGCGGCUUGCUAAGGCAUACAGUGCGAUUUCGAGAGCAAGCAAACCUUACCGUUGGCGGCGGAAAUGAACUGUAGUGUUGCCAAACUUUAAGGAACCUGUACAGAUAUUUGUGAUUAACACCUCGAACAGACGUGCCCCUGCGUCAUUGUGAGUUACAAGAACUGAAAACGUGCAUGCGUUUCUGAAACUGUAUAAGUCACGCUCCUGGUCAGAUAUUUUAGCAAGUUGGACAAGCGGGUCUGACAUGGGGGAUAACACACAUAAGGGCAGCAUUUCACAAUGCAGUACCUAUUAUUGUUAGUUUUAUUAUUACCCUGUGCUUUAGGGUGCAUAUUGUGACGAACAGAAUCUGAUGGCACAAUUUCAACCAAGACUCCUCGUGUUUGUGAAGACCAGUCCAUGACAAUUGAGCGAAGGGUGUUCAGUGUUAAAGUUUCUUGAAGCACACUCCUAUUAGAUUAACAGCCUAUUAACUCCAUGACUUAUAUUUCAUCAACAUCCCGUUGAACAAUGAAAUAGGCAAGGCGUUGCCAAAGUCUCCACUGUUUUUUUUUUAACACUAGGCCAGAUUGGCAGUUUAAAUCCGUGCUCGUCUCCGAAAUCGGACCCCAAAAUAGGCUCUUACCUAAUUGAGGUCUUAUUUUAUCAUACUAACUUUCGAUUAGAAGACGAGGUGGCGAGCAUAUGUAGUUUCCGAUAAAUUCUCCUCGGGGCAGUACAAUUAAAUGGGAAUGGGGUAGAAGCAAAAAACGUGUCAGCGAUAAGAGAAAUCGAUUAAAGUUCGUCUUAAAACACGGACGGGGUGUGGUAAUGUGGGGGAGGGGGUGGAGGGGGGGGUAAUAGCAGUCAGUGUCAGGGGCGGGGUGAGAGCGGAGGGGCGCGGAGAAGUGGAUGUAGUUUGCUGACUUUUGACCACGGUAGCCAUGCCGGGAGGCUAGGGAAAGACGAAACUAGGAGCAUAAGCAGCGCCAUUCUCGCGCAUGUUGUAGAUUCUGGACAUCGUGUGGACCCCAGCGAAGCUUUUCGUACGGUUUGUAAGGUCCCAUCGAGCUACCCUUAGCUAUUGGCCCAGCGCCUGCUAGCAACAGCAAAAGCGGCCGCGAUCAGGUUACGAAGACCAGUCUUGUGUGCACAGAAGAACCACCUACAGUAGUCGAAGGUCGACUAACGCUGCAACUCUUCCCGCGCCCUUCCGCUCCCAUCCCGUCCCCGCCACUGACGUCCCUCCCUUACGUCCCUACACCUCGCCCGUGUUUUAAGACGAGGCUUGAUCUAUUUCUCUUAUAACUGACACGUUUUUGCUUCUACCCCUUUCCCAUAUAUUUGCAUUGGCCCGAGGGGAAUUUAUCGAAAGUUACGUAUGCUCGCCACCUCGUCUUCUGGUUACUGCUAUGGGAAUGUUCGCAGCUCUAAAACUUUCGAUUAGCUGCUAUUGGUGUAAAUGCUUCCACUUUUAUACUCCCACUACUGUUAGUUGUUUGAUCUAUAGUUCGGUGCGUCCAGGGCACCAGAAAUGCUGUCGAAUUUAAAUCUACCCCUAUACACGUUAAUUAUUUCUGAUAUGUGUACGAAUGUCUUUUAGAACUUUUGAACAAAUUUUUCGGAAACAGAACUUGUUACGAUUUGCGAGCAAAACUACUUUCUCCCUUUGCUUCGCUUUAAGGUCGCACUCAAACGGAAAGAGCUUACUAUGAGGAGAUGCGAAACCAGUGCACAAGAGCCAUAGAAAUGUCCGCAAACUACUUGGAGGGCGUAUCAAAGCAUCGAGUUUUCCCGCGGAUUGAACCGGGCUACCUGCGUCCUCUCCUGCCGCAAGAUGCUCCCAGUGAACCGGAACCCUGGGAUCGGAUAUUCAGCGAUGUCGAUAAACUUUUAAUGCCUGGGGUGCGUUUUUUGUCAAGCGCUCAUUUGCUGUUGCCUAGUUCGUACAGUUGUAAAACCUGCUUGUUUAUAACACAUAAAGUAUCAUUGAAGAAAGAAGAGGGGUCGAGCACCGGAACAUUUUGUUUAUUAUCCUGAGUUUUCGAACUCGUGCAGGAGUCUAUCGUCAGAGAUAGUAGCGGCAACAGAACAAGCAACAGUUAAAUGGUGUGUUAGCCAAUCAUCGACCGACGGCACAAGACUGGAUGUGACUGCGCAGGGCUCUGUACGCCGGCGUCAGAUCGAUAAAUCGAUUGACCGAGUUCUCAUCUGAGGCCCAGGUUUCAAUCAAGCGUCGGCCUGUUCUGCUUCCGGCGUGGGCGACCUAGGGUAUCGCCUAAGAAAUCGCAGUUUCCGCGAUGUAUCUUUCUGUGAAUGCUUUCGGUAGGCAUUUGAAAUACAUGUAUUUGCUUUAGGUAGCAACAAGGGAAAAGUGACUUCAAUGUUCGAAAUUGCAUUGUUUAUCAUGCUACCUCUCUCUCUGUUUUUACUUCAGGUUGCCCACUGGCAUCAUCCACAUUUUCACGCUUACCUCGUCACCGCUAAUUCCUAUCCGGCUAUGUGUGCCGACAUCCUUUCCGCGGCAAUGGGUGGAAUAGGAUUUACAUGGGUAUGUCACACCUAUCAGUCGUCUUUCCUAAGAAGACGGUUGCUACUGCCUAGAGCAUACAUACAGUUGGUGACCUAACUCAUGGAAAGUGCCGAAACUUACGAAUGGUUGCCAAUCACUCUCAAACCGACAAAAUUUCACGAGUCCAAUGUCAACGUUAAUUAAUUACAAGUUUAAAAGAAGUAAAAGGCAGUGUUGCUUUGUUUAGAAAUGCCGAUUUAUUUAGAGAAGUGCAAUAUCUCGAAAUGGCUAUAAAUGAUACGUAUUUAGUUAACUUCGUUUCUAGGUGGAUAGAAUGUAUUCUCACACCAAAACGUAGUAAAUAUGAAAACAGAAAUAAAAUAACGGCUAAUAAUUGUGUUUCGAUGAAGUUUACAUCUAAAUAUCGCUUAAGAAUUAGAGUGAUUCCAUAUAUGGUUUGUCAACUGCCUGCAAUCUAAUUGUAGAUUCCAAUACAGUUUUCCAGGGAUUCGUGUUAUCCUUGACUAGUUUGAGUUAAAUGAGAUGCGGUUUAACAGGAGAAACGGGAGUUUACUUUAUUUCACCGACGGGGACGUCGUAUAAAAAAAGUUUUCACAUGGCCGAUCGGGACCUAAAAAAUUUGAAGAAAACUGAGAGGCCUUAUCGUAAACAUACCAUUUUGUGUUUACAGAGAGAAUAUUUCUUACGUUAAAUUAAUUUACCUUUUGGUUUAUUUUGGAUAACGUUGAGUUUCAGAUCGGCCUCGAAAUGUAGUUGAAUACUUCAUGAUUUCUAGUGUUUUCACCCUAUCCUCCUUCGGAAUUACCUGUUUGUUGAGAACUUUAAAAUAAGAUUAUUCUUGAAGGCAUUUACCGAAGUAGUGCGUGUUCAGGCACUCCUUUUCACGAAGAUGGUCAUUUGUGUGACAAGUGAAGACUCAUUCAAACACCAAACUUUAUUUUCGAAAAAAUGGCUGUCCACAACGGAAGUCAGCUUUGAAUAUACCUUCGAUCAAUAAGAAAACUAUCCUUAAUAAGUUGCCUUUUUAGGAAGUCCUUUAUUACUGCACUCCGUUGACGGAUCUCUGUGUACUUUGCAUUUUUGCACUGUGAGGCCAAUAAAAAAUUUGACACUUGGCCGUUUCUUUCACGUUCCUAAACAAUCUUUCUACCGUAUACGUAAGAACAUGCCUUUUUCUAUACAUUAUGGCCAUUUUCACUGUGUUUGGUCGCCUUUCGACUCCGUUCUUUGAUUAGGAAUGCACGACAGAGCGCCCAUUUAAAUACUGAUGUUCUGCUAGUUAUAUUUCUGAAUAAGGUAUGCCCAGAAACUAAACUACACGGCACGUAGUGUUACAUAUGUUUAAAACUGGAAAUUACCAUUUAGUGGUGGUCAUUUAUGUGACAUCAGGUAGAAUUUUCCAAACAGCGAUACAAUUUCAGCCAAUUUAAACGAAGAAAUCCCCAUCUGCGUUCUUACUACACUUCCGUAUCAGUUUCCGUUAUCCAAUUUCAUAAGAUAGGUCUCGUACUGUACAUAUACUUAAAAAGAGAUGUGAUCCUUUGGGAGCUUAAUAACCCCCUAUUGCGUAAGUUUCGGAGACCGGUUCCCCAACCCGACGUCAGGCUUUUGAGUCAUGUAUAAGCGCAGUCAACUAUUUGACCGUGUCUAACAAAUGAUUCUGCUCAUGGCCGAAGCCAGCUCCAAUGCGCGUCAGUUUUAUUUCGUCAUCCCGUCGGCAUUAGUUGUGUUCCUUUUCAUUUGUCCAUGGGAAAUUGGUACGUGGCAUGUAAAUCGAUACGCUGAUUGAUGCUUACGUCAUCUGAGUGCACCAAACUACAAGAUUUCUAAGUGACCAUAUUUCAGCAAAGAACUCCGAGAACUCCAUUAAGCACCACACGAGUUCCUGGGCGAAUUAAAAGAAGAGAGAUUUGCAACUGAUGAGAUAAGGGUUUCAUUCGAUGCAGUCUUGCUCUCCAUUAGAUGUAACCAGACGCUGCACCGAAGAACUCCAUCAGGCCUACGCCACUGAUGUGCCUGCAGACACCUUGCUCCAACUACCAGUUAUUUGUCUAGAAACCGACUUUUUCUUCGUCAAACAGUGCUGUAGGCAACUGAGGGGCGCCCCUAUGGAUUCGUCUCUAUCUGGCUUUCUGGCAGAAGCCAAGAUGCAGCUUUUUCUACAGUUUAAUCGAAACUGUGACUGCGCAAUUUAGAUCACACAUCCCGUUAGCAUUGGUCGCAUUCCUGUUCGUUUUCCCCUAAGAAUUUUUUACGUUACAUCCAAAUCAAUAAACUUACUGAUGCAUGCCGCAUCUGAGUAUAUUGCCUACAGGAGUUCACGACCUUUCCUUAUCGGGCAGACGCCAACAGUACGAAUGUUUUCCCACGCAAAUUUGUGCCCAUUGUCCAGUGUGCGUAUGGUAACCUGAGGUAGAUGACCAUGCCUUCUUAUCUCCAACCACUGUUCAUAAAUAUGAAUUGAGAUAGGUUCCUCGGUCCGAACACAGUAGACGACGUCGCAAGUGGAGCAUGAGAUUCUGUAGACAAGGCCUUUCCUAUCGAGGUAAUCAACCCUGUCCUAAGUGUGUACAAGAUGUUUGCGUAAGGUAAUAGCCGUUUGGUGUUUAACUUUUGUUUGAUGUCUUUUCGGUUGUCUUUCGGCAAGUUCAGAUCCUAGGUUACUGUUCCUGGUGCGCCUGUGACCUUGAAUUUCGAAAUACUUUUUCCCUUAAAAUGUUUAAUGCUUCAUGCACCGACGCACAAAACCGACAAAGUACCUGUUGUUGUAAAAUAGUUUAAAAGGGAAUUUAAUCUCUGCUUGACAUUUUCAUCGGAGAAGCGUGCUUUAGCUCGAAUAAGCGGACUGUAGACUGAACUGCCUUUGUAAGAGGCGGGACAGCUAAUCUAUCUGCGACAAAUCUACGAAUGAAGCGAUCUAUAAUUUUAUCGAUGUGCGAGGAGGGGACGAUUUAAACUUGAGGUAGAUGAAAACAAUCUUUUUGAAUUUAUUCUGCACUCAGUCAGUCAUAAUCCUGACCACCAGCCGGGACCAGGAACACAAACAUACUCACACACACAGGAGGCCAAUAUAUCGGCAUGGGCCCAUUUGUGCAAGCAGUGAGCGCUCCCUACCAUAGUUAAUAUACCCGGAUGCAACCGACAGGGCAACGAGUGCGCGUCUCGGUGUUUGGAGUCUUGUACUAAUAACGAAAAGGGUGCAGGUUCAACCCCCCGGGGCCACCAAAUCUAGAGUUUGGUAAGGAUUGCUGGCGGUGGCUACUAAGUCCGAAACGGUCGUGCCAGCCCACUCUGUCUUUGUUGGCAAUCUCAUUUUGCACAUACACAGAUAUAUUUGGCAGAAUAGUAUUACCGACAAAGACAAGGGAGACUGGAAUGGCCAUUUCUGGCUUAUUAGCCGUCGUCAGCCAGCCAUACCCAAGCCCUACGUGCGGAACACCCGAGCCUCGAACUCGCGACCUGUUAGUUAGAAGUCCACGCCUCUACCCACGGGGCCACGAGCCCGUUGCCCUGUCGGUUUUCGAUAUAUAUAUAUAUAUAUAUUGAAGAAGAUGGUAAGGCGAGCUCUGGGGAUGAUGAUUUAUUCAUCUGACGUUUCACACUCAUAUAUAUAUAUUUAUAUUUGAGCAGCUCGCUAAGAGUGCAACAGGCCAGACGCAGACAGCUGUCUCACGGUCGUUACCGAUCAUCAGUACGUCAUAGGCCUUAUGAAGUGAGUUUAGAAUUGAAGGCCAUGGACGACUUUACGAUACUUGGUAUUUGAGAAGCUGUCCGUCUCUCUCUCUUUCUCUCUUACUGCCUCGUAGGCUUCAUCUCCAGUGAGCACAGAACUUGAGGUGAUAAUGUUGGAUUGGAUGGCCAAGCUCCUUCACCUACCUGAGUUCUUCCUCUCGCAUACAGAGGGAGGAGGCGUGAUCCAGGUAUGAUUGUAUUUCAUUUCACGCUUUUGCGCGUGUUGAUCUUACUAUCUUAGAAGUGUACGCAGCAGAAACGGUAAACAUUAUUGUGUAAAUUUUCGAGACUGCUUCCCCAGCUCGUCUUCAGACAGCGGGCGUGCAAAAACAAUUAACUUCUAAACCGAGUCUGACAAAGGAUUCUAUGAUUGGUUAAAGUCAUCGUCUCGGGAUUGGUUGGGUCAGUUUGGAUCUGUCCUUAAAGAUUUUGCAUGCGACAUCUAGAUCGAUAUGCCGGUUGAUGCAUGCCUCAUCUGAGUACAUUGCCUCCAGGAGUUCGCGGCCCUUCCUUAUUGGGCAGGCGCCAGCAAUGCGAGUGUUUUCCUAUGCAAAUUAGUGCCCAGUGUCCAGUGUGUGCAUGGCUACCUGGGAUAGAUGGUCGCGUCUCUUUACCGCUAACUGAUGUUCAUGUAAAAAAGUACCAGAUAUACGUAGCACAUCAGCCGGCAGCUACCUUACGCGCACAACUUGUACACACUGAGGGCAGGGUUGUAGACAGGUGUUGUCUACAAAAUCUCAUGCUCUAAUUGCAAUGCCGUCUGUUGUGGCCUACCUGGGGAACCUGUCUCAACCCGUGUACAUGAACAUCAGAUAGCGGUAAAGAGACGCGACCAUCUAUCCCAGGUAGCCAUGCACACACUGGACACUGGGCACUAAUUUGCAUAGGAAAACACUCGCAUUGCUGGCGCCUGCCCAAUAAGGAAGGGCCGCGAACUCCUGGAGGCAAUGUACUCAGAUGAGGCAUGCGUCAGCCGGCAUAUCAAUGUAGAUGUCGCAUGCAAAGUCGUUAAGGACAGAUUCAAACUGACCCAAACAAUCCCGGGAAGAUGACUUUGACCAAUCAUAGAAUCGUUUGCCAGACUCGGCCUAGAAGUUAAUUGUUUUUGCACGCCCGCUGUCUGAAGACGAGCUGGGGAACCAGUCUCGAAAAUUUACACAAUAAAGUUUACUGUUUCCCAAAGAAUUCCAUUUUCCUAAUGAUAUCUCUUGGGAUGCCUGUUUUUCAAUUUACAUAUAUACAUGUAUAUACCCGUUUAUGCCUGUAAAAUCAUCAGCAAGACGACACGUCGCCCUAUCUGCACACAGACGUACUCCACAACAUGCGUAUGCAGGACACCACUCGCAACCCACUACGACUCACUGUUGUAGCAGACGUGCUUUACACUUUCCUGGGGGUAGCAUUGCUUGCGAAGCGUCGCAUCUAAGGGAGUGCGCAUGCCGUAUAAGUAGGAGCACGUUCCUUGGUUCACGAAGUGGACAUGACGACUUUUACAGGCAGAGCGCCAGUCACACGUAGGUUCAGUUGUGAUUGCUAACUCAAAGAAAUCAGCUGGAAAGAGACACUAGUCCUGGCCGCGCAUUAUACGGAAUGUCUGUAUAAGGUCGCCUCUGGGCUGUCUGUAACUCAGAGGAAAAAGGCCGAGAUUGGAUAGUCGUGUUUCAUAGGAUGAUGAACCCUGCCCACUAACUAGUUUGGUUGCCCGCCUUUGAACUUUCUCAAGGAUAUUGAGAUCUUUAGAAGUCUAGGGUUUCCACGCCUGAAUAGCGAACUCUAGCUGUGGCCGUACAAAUGUCCGAAAGACUUUCACGAAGCGGUCCUCAUCGAAGGUAGAGAAAGCUCUCUUGACAAGAUAAAGAACUGACAUCGCGGACUUGGCUACCAUGGAGCAGUGGAGCGACAGUUUUAGAGAAGCCGUUACCCACACACCCAAGUCUUUCUGGGCGUCUACCUCCUGUAGUGGUAUGCCAAUUGGGGGUUAAACCCUCCGGCUCAGAGAUCGGGUCCUGCCGACUCGCAAGACAUUGCACUUAGUAACAUUAAACGGCAAAAGCCAGUCCUGUGAUCAUUCCUUGAGUCGGGUCAGGUCUGCCUGCAAGUGCUCUUCGUCAAAUUCAGUUCGGAUGACGCUCCAAAGUUUAACAUCAUCAGCGAACAUGGCCACAUGACAAUUCAAUUCACUAACGCAGUCGUUGGCAUACAUAAUGAAUAAGGUAGGGCCAAGAAAGGAGCCUUGCGGAACACCGCUUUCAACCGCUACCUCCGCCGACUGCCUGUCACCGACGUGGAUGAACAAGUCGAGAGCGACCAGUCAAAUAGCUUUGUAUCCACCUCAGGAGAUUACCCCUCAGGCCUGUCCGGCUUAAUUUGUACAGGAGACGCUGACGUGGUACACCGUCGAAUGCCUUCUUAAAGUCGACGUAGACUGCGUGCACUGCAUUGUCGCCAUCGACUGCCCGGGUCCAGCGAUCUAAACAAUAAAGUAGAUUUGUCACGCAUGAUCUGCCUCUACGAAAUCCGUGCUGGGCAUCGCAUAGCAGAUUAUGCUCUUCUAGGAAGUGCAUUAUUUCUUGCUUAAUUAUUUUUUCCAUAAUUUUGCAGCAAAUCGAAGUAAGGCUGAUUGGUCUGUAGUUGUUUGCUAAGACCUUGGCUGAAGCAUGAAAAAGGGGAGACAGAGUGAGAUCAACGGUGGGGGCUUCGUCCUCGCGGCAGAUUACCGCACUCCUCACAAUAAUAAAUACGGCGAGUUUGAAUCAAUAAUGACGUAUUAUCAGUUGUGCCUCGGAAGGCUUCCAACUGACGGGACAACUCGGUCUCCCUUACUUUGGACUCUCUGGCACUCCCACUGACGGGAGAUGCAAGCCGCCGAGCGGCUAACGUGUCGUGCGCAUGGCGCGCGUAGACGGACUGUUUGGUCUUGCCGGCCACUGCGUCCGAGCCCGCCCUUAUCCGUCUUGGCGUUUUUUCGUUACCGGGGCGAGGGAGGACAGAAUGUGGUAGAUGCUGGACACUUCUGCCUUUCUGUAAACGAAUUCACAAACAGAUCACCGCCGCUGGGCCCAUCUUGGGAGGCAGGUGUAAAUGUCGUCAACUGCCGCGGUCGACCCGCCAUAUAUCCUCUGAACGGUAAACCAAACAGAGCAAGGUAUUAAUGAAGACACUUUCUAGAUUCUGAUAUGCCCUCUAUUUAAACGACCCGUUGCUUCUUCUCCUUUUUCAACAAAUAUGCAUGUUUGUAUAAGUGCGGACGACUUUCCAUUUUUUCAGGGAACCGCAAGCGAGUCCACAUUCAUGACCUUACUGGCAGCUCGCAAUGACGCAAUUAGGAAGUAUCAGCAACUUCAUCCGGACAGCACAAAGUACGAAAUCAUGGCUAAAUUAGUCGGCUACUAUUCAGAGCAGGUAUGGCUUGCACAUUCAACAAGCACAUUUGGCAUUCAAUUAGGUUUUUUAAUUGUUAGUAUCAAGCAUUUAAAGCAGGCAUAGACAGCAGAAUUUAUUGGAACCAGUAAAUUUCGCAACGGCUUAUCAACUACAGCCUGUCGUUGCAUAACACAUAUAACACAUGAUAAAGAUACAGAGGUUUGAACUUCGACAGAGAAAAUCGAUGUAAAACAGCAAGGUCAUCGUAUACUGCACGUAGAAUAAUCAAUAAAAUGGAAACUUCAAAACGCAACAUAGGAAAGAAAAUGGGGGAGCAAACACACCGAAGGAUUUCGGAAAUCAAAAGGCUCAGAUCUACCAGGGCAAGCUAAGGCUGACCACGUGGUCUAACUGUUUACAUAGGUUCGGUUUCUCCCGCCGUAUGUAGGCUGCCUCCAGGUCGUGCAGUAACCGAGUUGUUCGUGCUCGAAAUAAUACUCGAAAAGAUGUUUUGGGGUCAACCGAAUGACCGCUAUCGAGGAGGUGUUCUGUAAUAGAAGACCGUGAAAUCUUAUUCUCCUGCUUUAGAAGCCAUUCAGACAGGUGCUUUACUGACCUGGCUGCCAGUUGCCUUUGCGUUCGCCCAAUGUACUUGCAUCCAGGAGUGCAUGUAAAUUCGUAAACACAAUUUGCAAUGGUAAGGCAUCCUUCGUCCGUGGAACUUGGAUAGCCUUAGUAGGACUGCAGAAUAUGGGUUCAACUGCAUUGUAUGUUCUUUCAAUAGCGCAUCUCAAUCGCCGCUUGAUGGUAUUUGAGAUGCUGUCGCCUUUAAAAGGUAAGGAUAUUACAACGGGCUAUUUUGGAACUGAUUGCUCCGUCAAUUUUGGCCGUAAAGUUUUACUGUACUUUUCAGUGAAUCGUGUUGGAUAUCCUCGUUUAAGCGGGACUGUUUUUAGGCAAGAAAUUUCAUCCCACAGCGUUUCAAUAGAGCAAAUGUUUCUUGCUCUUUGGAAUAGAGUGCAAACCAAAUUUCGCUUUCGUUGUAUCGGCUCGAAGCUCAAUAAGGGCAGAUAUUUGCCUUUCCGGGGAAAUAUUGCAUCAGGUUUAUCAAGCAUUUAUUUCAGAUACGGGCACAAAAGGAUUGGCUGCACAGGAUUUUAAUCAAGAAUACCCGCGGGUUAAGGCAAUUUUAACUCCAAGUUGCUUUAUGAGUUGUUUUUCAGCAUCUUUCGGUAGGCGUUAUAGAUGGGUUUGCGUUCGCCCGUAAGCGUUUAGCAGCAGGUACUGGGAGAGGAAAAUGAGAGUUCUUUCAGGGACCAGGCAAGGCUUGGAAACGCGGUCCCGCCGGAAAAUGCAGAAACCCAGGCGUCUCAAGUACGGGAGUCUUCGUAGCAGGGUUUUUACGAGUAGGGCUGCGGGAAAACAGUGAAGGAUGUGCGAAAACGGAGGAAAAACACGUGUCACAGGUAGGUAUGCUAGUUUGUUUUAAUGGGUACUAAAAUCUAGGCCUAAGCAGCGCGCGAUACAAAACUCCGCUGUAGGCAAUAAUUAAAAACCAACAUCACCGGGAAUAUUGGUGAUAGGGCUGUCGAGGUCGUGGAAACAGCCGCCCAAGAGUGUGACCAGUCAGACCUAACCUGUGAUGAAAGUUGCAGAAAGUGGGUGCCAUUUGACCUAAACCCUAACUCUGGCGUAAUUGUGAAUUAUAGUCGCAGCAGUCCUAAAAGUGCCUCAAAUUGAAAGUGUCAGUGAGUAAUACUACGCGUACUGAAAUCAAUAAAAGUACGAAAAAUUUGUUGACCAAGCAGGACCACGUUGUCAAGCCUCACUGGGAUACUAAUGUAAAAGUACUUUGCCAGAUGUCUGCAUUAAGAUACCCGAAAUAAUUACACUUAAAACAGUCUCUUGAUUAUAACCUCACUCUUAAGCGUCCCCCAAAAACUGACUACAGGUUUCACUAAAGGGACCCAUUGAGGUCAGGCUCCGAACUGGGAUCAUCGUCGAUAAAUCCGUAGUAAAAACCGGAAGACAGUUGAUUGAUUGCAUUAACUUUGUUUUCGUUUAGAUCAGGACAAGUUGCUACUUCAUUCUUGAUGAUUUUUAUUGUUAAAGAAACUAUUUUAGAAGAUGCAUUAGCUGUUUUUGGGCCCAGUCAGUAAUUUUCUUGUUUGAUUAAAGGCGCAUGCGUCGGUGGAGCGAGCGGGACUUCUUAGCCUCCUGGAACUCCGUCCGCUACCAUGCAAUGAAAAGUAUGAAUUGGAAGGGGAUACGCUACGAAGAGCUGUAGAAGAGGACGUCGCCAAUGGUCGGAUACCCUUCUAUGUACGUGCCAUUAUCUAAGAGGCGUGAUGUUUUCGGCUACAGCCUUUGAUUAUACCUCUGUCUGCCACUCGACACGAAUUAAUGCUCAGAUGUGGCUAUGUAGCCCCACCUGAAGUAAAAAACCUCAGCUAACUGUAAUACGGAAAGUUGGUAAGAGGGGUUCUUACAGGUGCGGCCGGGGGAACGCACAGGCGACGAGGUCAAGUAGUUGCAUGCAAAAGAAAGGCUCUCGGGGAGUCGCGGUUGUGUCCAUCAGGUGGGGCUACAUAAUCACAUCUUACCGAAUAAUUCUUGAAGAAGAUGUUAACUUGACAACUGCAGUCGGCACCCCAAGCAUCCGGCGAAAGUAGAAUUCAUCGGUCCAUCCUGCACUGUCACUGGUCGUCGAAGCCUGACAUGGAGCUCCUAAAGAAAGAUUUUUGUCAGCUGCCGAUAGCUUACUUGCCAGAGGGAAUUAUUCGUCGAAACUAGGCUACCAUAUUUACAUUAAAAAGUCGAUUUGGCAAGCAUGCGUUUGCUUUCAAUAAAUUCCCUUUAGACCUUUACACUUAUUGGAAUGAUAAAUAAGAAAGUGCGGGCAAGUAGAAACUCCCCUGUAGCUGAGGUUUAGGGAGAGGGUGGGUGGGAUGAAAACAAAAUUACCGUCAAUGUCAGGGGGAGGGGAAUACAGGGCAUUGAGACGGGUAAUUAUAUGCGGGUGGUUUGGACCAUGGUAAGCAUGUGUAACCUGAUUGCAGCCGCCUCUGCUGCUGCCAACAGACGCUGUCUAAGCUGUUUUUGAUAGCCUGACGGAACCUUUGGCUAGAUCGCAGUUGGAAGCCAGGAUUGGGCAAGCGGACGGUGACCUUAACCCUAAUCCUUACCUUAACCCUAAUCCUAACUCUAAUCUCAACCCUAAACGUUACACGUUAACCCUAACGGCAACCAUAUCCCUAACCGAAAUCGUAAACGUAACCGUAGCCCAUAGACAUAGCCGCAACUGAAAAACCUAACCAUAAUACUGAAUCCUAACCGUACACUCAAACCAUAACCGUAACCCUAAAACAUAAGUGUAAAGGCAUAACUCUUACCCGAAAAUCGGAAACCAUUAACCGGUACCCUAAUCCUAACCUUUGACGUAACACGGAAGCCAAAUGGGUCAGAUGUGAUUAUGGAGCUCCACAAAAUAGCCCCACCGAACAAACCCCUCGCCACCUCUAAUACGGGUCCUGGCUACCAACUGCGAUCUGGCCGAAUCUUUUAAAUACCGCGAAAGGCACAAAAGGCAUACAAAUGAUACAAAGCAAGUUUGAAUGUAAAAGGAUAGUCAAGAAUAUAGCAAAUGAAUAUAUGCAUACUCUGAAAUCUGCGAGCUUUACGUUCGAAGACCUCUCCCCUCGGGCAAAUUUAAGAAUGCGCUAUUUUUGGACGCGCAACUGACAAAGACCUGUAAAUAUCCGUCUGCAUACUUUAAACACUAAACCUGUCUUAUAGUUGGCAGAAUUACCAUUGAAGAAUUCAAAAAAUCAAUUUGGCGAGCACAGAUUUGUUUCCGAUAUAGUCUCAUCAAAACUGUACAUUUUUAUUGCUGUUAAAAUGAUUAAUACGAAACUGCGAGCAAAUAGAAGGGAUUCUGUAACUGAAGUUCAGGGGGAGAGGGGUUGGGUGAAUGGAAAAACAAAAUUACCGUCAGUGUCAGGUGGGGGAGGGGAAUGGUGGGCACUGGGACGGGUGAUUAAAUGCGGGUGGCUGGCUUGGUGGCUUUGGACCAUAGUAAUUGUGGCGCCUGUACGAAGUUCCUCAGCAUGCGUAGGACUGGUUUGCGCAACCUGAUUGCAGCCGCCUCUGCUGUGACCAACAGGCGCUGUCCAAGUGAGAGCUCGGGGGAAUCUUCUAAAUCACCUAGAAGGCCUGUCCGGCAUCUGCACAGUGAUCUGUGUCUAUCAUAUGCGCGAGGAUAGAACUCUUACCGUUUUUUAGUUGACCCUCCUCUAACCAUGCUGGAAGGUGUUCUCUUCUUCUUCUUCUUCUUCUGGGCAAACGCCGACUCGUCCGACCAAUGUAUGCUUCCCACAGAAGCAGGUGAAGGAGUAAAUGCACACAGAAUUGGUCCGGGCUGACAGUCUGACCUUGCCCUCUCCGUAUAGGAUGGGAUUAGUAAGAAGGAGUGCAUGGGCGUCAGCUGCCGAAAAGGUGCUUGAUACGGCUUGAGUUAGGCGCCUUCUUAUAUUCUUCACUCGGCUUGUCUCCCUAAAACGGGACCCCGAUGAAAAGAUUUUUCUUUUCUGCUGUCAGUGUCGGGAGCUUUGAUGGUGUUUUGGUCAUGUACCUGGCAAUGAAUUGAAGAGACUUUCGACAAUCUUAAGUUUUUCCUUUAUGCUAUCAGCCGAACAGAUCGUCCUCGUUCUUUGGGUCAAACAGCGGACUAAGUUUUUUGUUUAACAGUACGUAACUCCUAAAAUCGGCGUAUUGCCUGGACCACGCCUUCUUACGAUAGACAUUAUAUUGAAUACUAUCGUCAGAUCUUCUACUGAAACGCGCAUCCUGAAAGGGAAGCCAUCCGGAUUGUUCUUCUUCCGGAGUAAAUUUGAUUGAUUGAUGCGCUUGACUUAGAUCAUCCAGUAAAAGUGAAACGUCGUUUUGUUCAGGCAUAGUCGCGAUGUUUACAUUACGUUAAACGCCGGCUUCGUGUUGACUUUUACUUCGACUCCACAUUUUCUGACAUUCAGCUAAUCUCUUGCAUCACUGGCUCUUUUCGGUGCUAAAACAAACCUAAGCGAUUCUGUCUUGAUGGAUUAAAAAUUAAGACAAGUUAUGUAAACCGGGAAUGUCAGACAGGUCCUGUAUGGUUGACGCCUGAUGCGACUGCGCAUCCAGUAAUCCGCGCAACAGGUGUGAAAUCACGAAAAUUGUUUGUCAAAAGCUUAAGCGUUUUGGCUGUGAAGAUGGCGGUUGCUGAACUACCUAUCUUCGUUUGAUUUUUUGGAACGAAAUGCAAAACUACCGCUCCAAAAGAUCAGAUUUACUCACAAAGACGAAAGUGGCUAAUGUGGCGAUAAAAAGCCUUUAGUGUGGUACCAGAAACAGUAGUGACAACAGUACUAGCAGUAACAGAAAAUCUCAGUAGUAUUUGUUGUUACCGUUGGGUCGCCAGUAGUUGCUGUAGAAAUAUAAGUAAUCUUACUAAUAGAGGGAGUACUGGUAGCAGAGGCCUACGCCAAAGGGUGCCAGGUACAGUGACUAGACGCCGACCUCGUCAUGCAGGUGGCAUGGGAACGAUGGGUGCUAGUAGCCCCUGGGGCGCUUAGAAACCCUGUAAACUUCUCAUAUUUUCAAUAAGUGUACAACUGUUUUGAGUAGAUGAUGAGCUACCGAAAACACGUUAUUGCGAAACUGAAUUUUUAAUUGUAACUUGGGAAUAUUUGCGGAACUGAAAAUGAAAAGGCGAGUCAUUCCUCACUAACAAAUGCACAUACGUAACCCCCCAACUGUCUCGUACACAAUGCGACAGAUCUGAAAAAUAGCCCGGAACGUCUCGCCGGCAGGCAACGAGCUCAUCAGUUUCGGAGCCAAAUUUUCGCCUUCGAUUGCAGUUCGAUGCGAAUUUCACAGAAAAGUUGAAAAGCCUUAACCAUCGCCCGCUGUUCUUCGAAAUAAUUUAAUUUAAACAAGUAGUGCCGACGUUGAUGACCAGUUCUGGCUUAUUAUCCGUUGUCAGUCUGCCAGGUUGGAAUUCAAGCCCAGAUGAUCUAACGCUGGAUUUGUGGCAUGGGUGGCUAAUGACGGUCAAUAAGACAGAAACAAGUGCUUCCGCCUCCCUUGUAAUAUCUGAAUCCUUGUCGUUAUGCGGCUGCCUGCGGUAUUUCCGGAUUGAAUUACGAGGCGCAACGGAACGAGCAUUUCCCCCAACCUGAUCAGUGAAAGACCCUACUGCAACAAUUAAUUUCAUCUUCAAAAUGUUUUCCUUUCAUUGAUUGGAGGUAAUUUGGUCUUCCGCUGGACUCUCUUCGCGCUACACUACGCACCUCAGCCAACUUGCGUUUAGUUGGAGCAUUGAUCCUAAUUUUCUAUCAGCAUCUACUUCCUCUGAGCGUCUUCAGACUUCCUGUCGACUGACAGCCUGUUCUUGCUUCGUCCAUUUUCAGUGCGUCGCGACUUUGGGUACCACGGCGACUUGCAGUUAUGACCGCUUGGCCGAACUUGGUCCUGUAUGCAGGGAGUACGACAUGUGGCUGCACGUGGACGCCGCUUACGCAGGAUCUGCGCUAAUUUGUCCGGAAUUUCGUCCAUUGAUGCCUGGUUUGGAGGUAAGUUGUUAUUGAGCCUGCGACAGAGAGCUCAGUCCGCCGGCUGAUCUGUGGGAUCACGGCUGAUCGGCCAUGCACCAUCCAGCCGGUUGCGACAUCAGUAGCCCAGAAACACCAUUUAUAUAAAAUUCACAAGACCCUAGAUAGCAUAAAAUUCGAGUCGAGGCCUGACUUUUGAAUCUACACAGGUUUGGUUUAUGAUUAGUUUUAGGUAGGCCUUGAGAUACUGGCUUGUACCUGCGCGGGAAAUGCGUGUGCUGUGAUUGGUUAGUCCGGUUGGAUGCGGGCUCGAAUUAGCGGUAAUUUCUGGGCACACCUCUGGUCGACAAUUUCGCCAUUUUGAUGCUUAUUUUAUUGCAAAGUUUUGUACGGAAUUUCAAGCGUAGAGUUAAGCAAAAAAUUGUAGAGCAUAGACGUCCAUUUGACCAAAUUGCACUUUUGUUUAAUCUCGUGGAAAGAGAAUAUCAGUUCCGUUUUUGGAGCCCAGAAGGAGUGUUGCGAAAUUCUGCAAAGUGGCAUAGAGAGGCCGGAUCUUUUUGUUUGUUUCGACCCAUAUGACCGUUGCCUUGUCAGUCAAUUUCACAUGCGUAUGCGCCCCAUUUUACAUUCUAGUAUUCCUCCUCGUUCUCCUUCAAUCCGCACAAGUGGCUUCUCAUGAAUUUCGACCUUUCAGUUCUCUGGUGAGUUUAGAUUUAUAAGGUUUCCUUUGCUUAAGAACUAAUUUUGAAAACUGCUUGAUCAGGCACAGCAGUUUAUCGAACAGUUCUCUACAAAUUCACACUAGAUGUAUCGAAAUGAAAUGAAAAUUCACCUACCGGAUAUCGAAUGAACAUUAUAGUAGUGAGAGGCAAUACCGAGUGUGGCAUUCGGAUGUUUGCAAAUAUGUGUGACGCUCGAAUGAUUGGAAAUUCGUGUUGCCCGAUAAGUAACGGUGUUGUCCGUAUUUUGUUGGAUCAUGUCCAAAGAACCAGCAGACAUUGUUGCAAACUUUCAUCGUAACUCGAAUACCAAUUCUGCUGUACAUGCUUGUUUUCAGUUCAUACCGGGGAAAAAAUGCUUCAAAGAAGCAGAAAUUGUCGUCAGAAUUGCCAUCUACACGGAGAGUACUUUAUCUGAGUCAUAGUUUUUCCGCUGGAAAUCGAUCA